AAAAAUUGGCUUAUCACCAAUAACUGUCAAAGGGUUGCGCGUUCUUUGUUUUGUCGGCAAAUAAAUAGGAGCAGAUCUUGUCUGACAGAUCACAGCCCUCCUCGGGGAUACCUUAGUACCCAGGUGCGUCCAGAGAAAAGAAAGCUGAUUUCAAAAUGAAAUUGAUCCUGCUUGCAGCUUGCAUCUUCGGGGUGGCUUUCUGUGCUCCUCAACAGAUGUACAAGGAGUUUGACAUCCAUCAUGCUCCAGCUGAGGCAGCUCAUGUGAUCCCUGCUGGAGUCCCAGCUGGGAAACUGGAAGUGUUGCUCCCAGUGGACAGUCAGAAACAGCCAAUCGGAGUAGGACCUGUCCGUGGAUUCAUCAAGCAGGAGAUCCCUCAGCCGAAUGGCAAAGACGAGGAGGUGUUCUACCCUUUUGGGUUUAACCAGCCAGAUCCUGCCCCAUCUGCUCCCGGGGUCCCCGUUGCUCCUGCUGCUCCCGUGGUCCCCAUUGCUCCUGCUGCUCCUGCUGCUCCCAUUAACCCAUUCCUUGUUGCUGCGAUCCCUGCUGCCAAACCCAGGGGUGAUGAUGAUGAUGAAGACGACUAAAUAUGGUCUGAGUCAGCAACGCUCGUGUGUGCACAAACAGGUGACCGGUGACGCUGAGAGCUGCAGCCAUCUCUGACGGAGACCACCAGCCAGCUCUGCUGUUUUGCAAACUGUACAAAAAAGGAAAAAAGAAAAAUGGUGCUGUGCAUAUUUGAGGAAAUUCAGCCGGCAGACGGUGCUAAUUUUUUUAAACAAAAACAGAUAAAACGACGUUUUCAUGCUUGUAAUAAAUGUGAUGUCAUGCUAUAAGAAACGAUUGUGUGUUUACAUGGCUGCGUGUGAUUUCCUCAUCAGCUCUCUAAGCUUCAGAAUAAAUCAAACGAUUGCAUUAAAUUGA